AUGAUUUUUGAAAAGUUUCAAUCAAAUCCUUUCGAGGCAAAGUGCGAAAGCGCACAAGUAAACAAGUAUGAGACAUCACUUGUUCCUGGUCGAGAAAUUGCUGCUGCUGCCGCCGUCUCAAAUGUAAUUCUUCCAGGAGAUUCAUGUGCAUUUGGAUCCACCAAAUAUUUCCUCUUAUGCGGUCUUGGAGGUAUCAUCAGUUGUGGUACAACACACACAAUGGUCGUUCCAUUGGAUUUGGUAAAAUGUCGUAUCCAAGUCGAUCCAGCAAAAUACAAGUCAGUCUUCAAUGGAUUCAAAGUAACUCUCGCUGAAGACGGAGCAAGAGGUUUAGCCAAGGGCUGGGCUCCAACAUUCUUCGGUUAUUCAGCACAAGGUCUCUGCAAAUUUGGACUUUAUGAAGUCUUCAAAGUCAUUUACUCUGACAUUAUUGGCGAGGAGAAUUCUUACUUGUGGAGAACAUCCUUAUAUUUGGCUUCAUCUGCUUCCGCUGAAUUCUUUGCUGAUAUUGCUUUGUCUCCAUUCGAAGCUGCAAAGGUAAAGAUCCAAACAAUGCCUGGAUUCGCAAAUACAUUGCGUGAAGCUUUUCCAAAGAUGAUCAAAGACGAAGGUAUUAAUGCAUUCUACAAAGGCUUAGUUCCACUUUGGAUGCGUCAAAUUCCAUAUACAAUGAUGAAGUUCUCAUGCUUUGAACGUACUUUGGAAUUACUUUAUCAAUAUGUCGUACCAAAACCAAGAGCUGAUUGCACAAAGGGAGAACAACUUAUUGUCACAUUUGCUGCUGGUUAUAUUGCUGGUGUCUUCUGUGCUAUUGUUUCACAUCCAGCUGAUACAGUUGUAUCAAAACUUAAUCAAGCAAAGGGUGCAUCCGCAUUGGAUGUUGCUAAGAAACUUGGAUGGGGUGGUAUGUGGGGAGGUCUCGUUCCUCGUAUUGUUAUGAUCGGUACACUCACAGCAGCACAAUGGUUCAUCUAUGAUGGUGUUAAGGUUGCCUUCUCAAUGCCACGUCCACCACCCCCAGAAAUGCCUUUGAGUCUUAAGAAGAAGCUUGGACUCGCUGAAUAA